AGAGCGGCGGUUGUUGAACAAGUAGCGCCCAGUCCAACUGAUCCUCGUGAGGGCAGUUGCCGAGAACGCCCGAUGAUCAUUGCCGAUGAUUCGACCGAUGAUUCGACCGAUGACGAGUCGGAGGAUGACGAGUCGGAAAACGACGCGGCCACCGCCGCCGAACGUCGCCGCGGCGGCUCUCUGGGCAUUUGCCGUGAUCGAUCCUAUCAUGCAGAUGGGGACGAUGAGGACGAUGGAGGCAAUGGGGAUAAUGAGGGAGAUAUGCUUCCAGGUCUAGCACAGGACUAUACGUCUCAAGGUGAUGACGGAGUGAGGGAGCAUGGUAAGAAAUCCGUGUCAUGCAAGCGUCAGGGCGCAUUCUCGUGUCCGUAGAUGGUGUCCUUGGGCGGGACAGAAGCCGCAGUGACGAUCUCAACACGGCAAGCACGCUGCGCUGGUCACACAAGCGGAAGCACGCCGAGUCUGCCGGUACAGACACGUCGAUCAUCAGUGAACCGACGGAGCCCAUCUCGGAAAGGCAUGAUGGACGCGCGCAUUCCUCAAAGCGACAGCGACCGUGCUCUUUGUCGCACUACCGUUCAGCCUUGAGUCGCACUUCCACGCCGAGGCCAGGCUCGCCAACUCCGGGCAACGCCGUGAACCCACAAAACGGCGGUACGCGCGAUGGAAGCGCCAGCAGUGACGUCCGCGACGAUGCCGACCCUCCACAUCCGCUCGUCAGCAGCGAGGGCGAUGUUCGCAUCGGUGAACACGGCGGGAACAACGAUAGCAGAACUCCCGGAGAUGACUUCAAUCCGCGGGAUACCGUUUCUGGCACAGCGCUCUCUUCCAGUCCGUCGCCAAGCGACCGGAACAGGAACGAAACGCAUCCGGUUGACGCGCUGGAGACGCCAGAGAACGAUGGAGACACAGAGAUGGCUGUGGUCGAAGGCAGUGCUGACGACGGAGCUGGUCUUGGGGGUACGACGGUGCCUCGACGACUGCGAAGCUCCAUCGACACCACUCGGCCCAUGGAGGCUCCGAAGCCUGCGACGAAAGGCGGGUUCCGACGAAGCGGUGUCAAGGGCCCACAUGCCGCCGGCGAGAGCGAACAGUCCAUACGGGAGCGGGCCGGGCAACAGAACUCAUCAUCGAAAGUUGCCACCGUCCGCCGCGUCAAGCAGCAGAAGGCUGCGGUUCUGCAGCGGAAAGCACGACCCAAGCGCCCGUCUCAGCCCAGUCGUACGACGGUCAGGUCUUCUCUAUCUCGUCUCAUAGGUGGACCCGACUCUCCCUCUCUCCUGCCGCAAUCUGCUACCGCGGAAGUGAUGCUGCCGCUGGACGGUGGUAGCACUUUGUCUAGCCCAACUCCGCAGAAGCUCACUAACACAAGUCUGAGGCGAGUCUCUGCAGGCGUGUCAUUCUGGGCGACUGUCAUCCAGGACGAUCGCAACGUGCCAGCCUUCUCUUAUGAUGAGUCACUGGCGCUCAUCCAGACUGCGCUUGGUGAUGCAGGGCAUAUUGACGGCACCACCAUUAUGCCGCUCGCGCUGAAUUCGUGGCUGGUGACCGGGUUCCUUCACGCCCGUCGCCAUGCGCCCGAGCCCGCCGCUACUGAAACGGCGACAGAAGCAGUCGGCGUCUGCAGUGAUUCUGAGAGCGAUUCCGAGAGCGACCCAGAGGAGGCUACGUACACUCUGCGCAAUGGAGCUGCCCAGGCAGGAGCUACCCUCUCGAGCGAUGAGUCCCCGGACGACGACGACUCCGGCUCGAGCGACAGUGAUGUCGAUCCCAGCCGGGCUGGCGGCGAUUCUCAAGGCGAGGAAGCGAGGGCCAGCGGCAGUCGUUGGACAGAACCGGAGGAGAAACUCUUGCGGGAAUGCAAGGAGGAGGACAAACUGCCAUGGAAGGAGAUAUUUCCCAAAUUUCCUGGCAGGACACCGGGCGCGGUGCGACUGCGCUGGCACAUGUUGCAAGGGCCGUCCUAGGGGGUCCUGGUUCAGCGGUCUAUCUUCGAUCUCUCAAAUCACAAUGAAAUCGCAUCAUCACGAAAAACUCCAUCCUUCACGCUUGUGCUGGUCAGCUCGCAUGUUGGAUGUUCUGUCUGUCUGUCUCUCGUCUACAAUCACUCGCAUCCGGCUUUUCCGACUCCCUUAUUACUCUCAAUCACACCACGUCGUCGCAA